UUUUAACUUUGAUGUACUUGAUAAUAUUUAUAUAAAAUAAUUGUAGAGGACAUGACUUAUAAUAUUUAAUAUCAAUAUAACAUAACAUAGGUAUAACGCACUAUCAUAUGUUUUAUUUAAUUUAAAUUUAUUUAUUUAUUAAUUCAUUAACAAUGGAUCGAAUAUUAAAAGGUAUUAUGAAGUAUCGUCAUUUAGAUUUAAAAACAAUGGUACAACAAUUUGAACAAGUUAGAGAUAAUCCUAUUCCAAAAGCUGUAUUUUUUACAUGCAUGGACAGUAGGAUGAUACCCACACGAUUUACAGAAACAAAUGUAGGUGAUAUGUUUGUAGUUAGAAAUGCUGGCAACUUAAUACCACAUUCACAACAUUUUAUGGAUGAAUUAACAACAAAUGAACCAGCUGCUUUAGAACUAGGAUGUAUUAUAAAUGAUAUCAGGCAUAUCAUUGUAUGUGGACAUAGUGAUUGCAAAGCUAUGAAUUUAUUAUAUAAACUUCGUGAUCAAGAAUUUGCAUCACUAACUAAUCGAAGAAUAUCACCAUUAAAAGCAUGGCUAUGCACACAUGCACAAAGUAGCUUAGAUAAAUUUAUGCAAUUAAAAUUAUCGGAUUACAAGAUGCCAUUAAUAUUUCAAGCUGAGACACCAAUGCGUAAAUUUGUUGCAUAUAUUGAUCCAGAUGAUAAGUUUAGUAUUGAAGAUAAAUUAUCACAAAUCAAUACAUUACAACAGUUACAAAAUAUAAGUUCAUAUGGAUUCUUAAAGAAACGUUUAGAACAAUAUGAUUUACAUAUACAUGCAUUGUGGUUUGAUAUUUAUACGGGUGAAAUCUAUUAUUUUAGUAGACGUGCGAAACAAUUUGUACAAAUUAAUGAACAUAAUUAUAAUGUAUUAUUACAAGAAAUACAAACAUAUUAUUCAUAA